CUUUGAGAGAGACACUGGGAAAGGAAGGAGAUGUAAUAAUUUAAGGCGUUAAAAUAUAAUUUUUUCUAACAGUAAGGUUUUUGAAUUUGGUUUCUCAUCUAUGCUUUUCCUGCAGCAUUUUGCAACAAAAGUGGCUAUGGAAUGUUUGGAAGCUUGUUCUGAUUAGAAUCCAAAUUACAAUUCUUUAGGGCUCGUAAACACCCUCACCUUUCCCCCUGUUAUACCUUCAUACAGCAAAGCCUGAGAAAACAAUAUCUUAACAGUUAAGUCGAGGGUUUAGACAAGUUACUUCCUCCAACACCCAAGCCAGAUGCCAGGAAGAGAUGACGCCUGCGCAGAGGAGGCUUGAGAACCUAGGAUGGGUGACGCUUGCGCAGAGGAAGACUAGGGGAGAGAAGGCGGGCGACGCCUGCGUGGGGAUUCGCCGAGGAAAGUUCCGGUUCCGGUUCCGCUGCGGCACUUGUCCUUGAUUAGAGUUCGGUUGUUGCAGUUGGUGGAGAGCUGAAGCUGUCAAAAUGCUACGGAACUUUCUGGCUCUUCGCCAGAUUUCCCAGAGGACUACAAAUGUUGCCCCUGUCAGGCAGUUUAAAAACAAGGUUCCAGAAAAACAAAAGCUAUUCCAGGAGGAUGAUAGCAUUCCAGUGCAUCUAAAAGGUGGGGUAGGAGAUGCCCUACUGUAUAGAGCCACCAUGUUGUUUUCAGUUGCUGGAACACUUUAUGCCCUUUAUCAACUGGGCAUGGCUUCAUUUCCCAAGAAACAGAAUUGAUUCAAGUUUGCCUCCAUGGGAAUAAGUUGAUUCAACUUCAUGCAGCUUUCCAGGGAACAAUAGCUGAGUUCAUUUUGGGGAUCAAUAUUUAUUGAACUGUACUAACUGCAAUCAAUAAAGCAGUUUUACCUUC